AAAGGUGGAAAGAGAGAGAGAGAGAGAGAGAGAGAGAGAGAGAGAGAGAGACAAAAAGGACCCACCCAAAAUGAGAAACUCAAAAGAAAACCAGCUUUUCUUCCAACACAACAACACAAUAAGGAAAACUUCAAUUUCAACUUGAACACUUGAAAACACGGUUUUCUUUUACACCCCCAUAAUAUUGGCUUCAUUGUGAAUACUUCAUACUUCAAACAUCCAACACACAAGCUGAAAAACCUUUCUUUCAUAUUCUUCACCAAACACACUUGUGUCCUGUCUUUGUCUCUGUUUGUUCUUUUAAGUACAACCUUAGAUCCUCCUUUGUUGUUUUCAGAACCUACCUUGCUUUCAUGGCCAACACUUGAUUGAGUUCAUGAAGAUUUCUGGGUCAUUCUUGUUUUCCUCAAAAAUGGAAUCUUGGGAUUCAAUCACAUCUGUUUCAUAAGUUUCGUUAUUCAUCAACCGUGUGCAAGCUAGGGAUUUUCCAUUGCCACCACCUCAGCUUCAGAAGAUGCAAUCGGGUGGGCUUGAAUCUGCAAGCCCCGUGACCAACCGGGUUCAGUCUCUGUCUUCUGCAACAGAUACAAGAGGGAAGCAUAGGAUACAUGCAGAACUGAAACGGUUGGAACAAGAAACGCGGUUCUUAGAGGAAGAGCUGGAAGAGCUUGAAAGGAUGGAGAAAGCAUCUACACGGUGCAAAGAAAUGCUCAGCAAUGUGGAAACAAGACCUGAUCCGUUACUACCAUCAACAAUUGGUCCCCUAAAUUCUUCAUGGGAUCGAUGGUUUGAAGGCCCUCAAGAUUCCAAAGGCUGCAGAUGCUGGAUUCUCUGAUGGUCAAUGCUAAUUGCCAGAGUUUUUUUUUUUUUUUUCUUUCGUUUUUCUAUCCCAGAUUGGCCUAGAAAAUUUGUGAGUUUUGAAACAAUAUUAUUGUUGUCAAAUUUUCAUGAAUGCUUCCGUGUGCAGAUGACAAUU